ACUCGACGACUCCCUCAUUCGAAAUUCAUCAUUGCGACUUCAGAAAACCUCGAAAACUUACUAUCAUCUCCAUUUUCCCAUAUCACUGGCCAUUUCUGCAACAAGUAGGUCACAGCGUUACUCUGUUGGCACACCCAAUCACUUACCUCAGCUGCCAAUCAUCCGAUUCCCUCCAGAUUAUCAGGAAAAAAAAGUACAAAAACCAUUCGAUCUCCCAAGUGAUGAAUUCAUCUGAAGGAAAAAACUCUCCUGGCGCCACUGAAUUAAAUAUAAGGUCAAUUGGGAAAAUGAUUUUACUAAUAAUUGUGGGGGAGAAAUAGAAUUGGAAAAAUAGUGUUAGUUGCAGGGUCAAUUAUCAGUGGCGAAAAAAAAAAUAUAAAAAUUGGUUUAUCAUUGUGAAUUGUUACUAUUCCAUGCGAAGAUAGAUAACAAGCUGGCGCCCGUGCGAGGUCACAGUGGUGGGGGAACUGGUACAGUCUGGUUUUGACGUUACAAUCCUCCUUCCACUAGGACUUCCUCAAACCCCCCACGCGAAUAUCAUUUGUCUCUUCCAUCUUCGUCAACGGGUUCAGAAGCUAUCGAACCACAUGAGAGAGAAUAUUCAGACGUUCACGUGAGGGGCUUUGGGGGAGGAGAUGGUGAACAUUGUGCGGUUGACGGGUGGACGGGAGGGAGAAUAUCCUCGGCGGCUAUAGUUAUCACCGUGUGCGCAGGCAGCGCCGUAGCGCACGCUGAUACUAACGCGCCGGACUUGUACUACCGCAACUACUUGAGGCAGUACUGCAGCUACACCGAUAGCUGAAACAAAUCGUCCGGACAAACGCACAACCCUCCGGUCCAGUGUAUCAACCUUAACCACGAGUGUUCCUCUCUCUUCUUCGGUUGUAAAAAAAAAAGCAAUCAAACAAGAAAAUUCAAAUGAAAAAUACAGAGAGAAAGAGGAGAAAUUUACAUCACUAUUUUUGGCUGUUUCCACGGACAGAGAGACUUUAAUACAAAAGUUAGCAGUCAUGUGUCUCUGGUUAACUAGAGAGAGAGAGAAAAAAAUCCGUGAACUGAUAAGAAGAAAAUAUAAAAUGUAAAGGAGAAAUAAAAAUGCUCCCAGCGUGGCACGUUACCAUAUGAACCGUAACGUUUGACUACAGUGCGUUGGCAGAAAGUGUGAGGACUGCUGUUUGUGUUUUUUUACUUGCUGGGAAUCGAGACCAUUGCGAGUGAAAUGAUUUACCGGGAAGACUCGGUGAUACGGUUGAGAGGCCGGCAAUUUUUGAACUAUUUCUAAUUGGUUUCUACCUUUUCAAUUGUGACGUGAACAGUUUGUAGAGAUAAAGACGGAAUACGGAAGGGAGAUCGUACACCCGUCCCUCGAGCGACGAUCGGAUGCGAUCGAAGGGGCGCUGGAAUUAUUGCGGGAAGCAACCGCAGGUGAAGUGCCUCGAGUUUCUGCCGCGACGAUGCAUCCCAGAAGGAAGAAAGGAAAGCGAGAAGGAAAUUAUGGGAAUGAGGACCAUAAAAAAAACAUGGGUUCGCGGAACGCAGUCAAGCUGGCUGCCUCUGCCGGUAACCCCGUCGUUGCUGCUGCGCCUGCCGCUGCAACUGCGCAUCCUCCCGUGCUCUGGAGCUCGCGCAGAAAACCCGGGCUGUACUUACAGCAUCGGAGUAUCGCAGAGCCGAGGAUGACGGCAGAAACUGCAGCGCCGUGUGUUCAGGGAGUCCAGAGUAUUCAAACUGAUGUGAUGGUGGGACAGACUAGUCCAUUGAGUCAGUCACAUCAGCAGCAGAUCACAAAGAAUCAAAAUGCCAGUAAUUGUAGCAAUUCACCCUCGAAUAGAUCAGGAUCGUCGUCCGGGGUCUCUGGGUCUCCAGGAAAUUGUACAGUGUACGAUGCUGAGUAUGCGAGAAUGGAGGCCUGGCUAGAUGAACAUCCGGAGUUUGUGAAUGACUAUUUUUUGAGAAAAGUAACAAGACAAACGGUGGAUGAGUGGCUAGUUACACAUGCAACGCCGACAUCAUCGGCAAAUUCCAUCCUGGACAUGUCGAAUCAAAGUAACACUGGCUCCAUGAAUUCACCGGGUGGAAGGGCGAGUGGGGGGAGUGGAAAUGGGGGUGGAUCGGGUGCAACAACGCCAGUGAGGAAAAUUUCAGCUCAUGAAUUUGAGCGAGGUGGAUUACUUAAGCCAAUUGUUAAUACUAUUGAUGGCACACCAACAUUCUUGAGCAUUUCCCCAGAGGAUCCUGGCCAGACUGGGGGCGGUCAACAGGUUGGGGCAGGCGGGGCCAAUAGACCGCAGAGAAGGUCAAGACACGAGCUCAGGCAAUUGGACGAGAAGGAUCUCAUCUUUGAAUUGGUCAAAGACAUAUGUAACGAGUUAGACGUCCGCUCCCUCUGUCACAAAAUCCUCCAGAACGUGAGCACCCUCCUCCAUGCCGACCGUGGCUCAUUAUUCCUCGUCCAGGGUGAGCGUGUCUCCACUGCGAGUACCAACUCUCCAUCCCCACCUUCCAAUAAAUGUGAUACCACUAAAAAGUUUAUAAUGCCAGGUGAAAACCAAAAUAGUGAUACGACAGCGAGUUGUACAAGAACAAGGUGCCUCGUUUCUAAGCUAUUCGAUGUUUGCUCGAGGUCUACACUGGUGGAGAUGGAGAAAAAGGAUGAAAUUAAAAUACCAUGGGGAACGGGGAUUGUGGGAUAUGUGGCUGAGAGUGGGGAACCAGUGAAUAUACCUGAUGCAUAUAAGGACGAAAGAUUUAAUCGUGAGAUAGAUGCACUAACUGGGUAUAGAACACGAGCUCUUCUCUGCAUGCCUAUUAAGGACUGCAGUGGUGACGUGAUUGGUGUUGCCCAAGUUAUCAAUAAACUCGGUGGUGAGGCACAAUUUACAACCCAAGAUGAAAAAAUAUUUGCAAGUUACCUUCAAUUCUGUGGUAUUGGACUUAGAAACGCUCAGCUAUAUGAGAAAAGCCAGCUGGAGGUCAAGAGAAACCAGGUCCUCCUGGACUUGGCCAGAAUGAUCUUUGAGGAGCAAAGUACGAUUGAACACAUGGUGUACAGAAUUUUGACGCAUACGCAGUCGCUUAUUCAAUGUCAACGGGUUCAGGUACUUCUUGUCCACAAAGCGUCCAAGGGAAGUUUCUCCCGGGUUUUUGACUUCGAAGCUAAUGAUCUCACUGUGGAAGAUACUGAUUCACGAACUAGCCCAUUCGAGAGCAGAUUUCCCAUGAAUGUAGGCAUCACAGGAUAUGUCGCAACAACAGGCGAGACAGUAUCAAUUCCAAAUGCAUACGAGGAUCCACGAUUCGACCAGUCGGUGGAUGAGGGCACUGGGUUUCGGCAUCGAACUAUUUUAUGCAUGCCGAUUAAAAAUUCAUCGGGACAGAUAAUUGGGGUCAUCCAAUUGGUUAAUAAAUUUGAUGAUCUGCUAUUUACGAAGAAUGACGAAAACUUUGUCGAGGCGUUCGCUAUUUUUUGUGGAAUGGGAAUUCAUAAUACCCACAUGUAUGAAAGAGCAAUUAUAGCAAUGGCCAAGCAGAGUGUCACUCUGGAUGUAUUGAGUUACCAUGCGUCAGCUUCUCUUGAAGAUGCACAAAAAUUACGGCAGGCCUUUAGGGUGCCCUCAUCGGCUUUUCUCGAUCUUCACGAUUUCAACUUCGAUGACAUACAAAUGAAGGAUAAUGAGACCCUUAGCGCCUGUUUAAGGAUGUUCCUCGACCUAGAUUUCGUCGAAAGAUUUCACAUCGACUACGAAGUACUCUGCCGAUGGCUUCUGAGUGUGAAGAAAAAUUAUCGUAACGUUAUUUAUCACAAUUGGAGACAUGCUUUUAAUGUUGCACAGAUGAUGUUCGCCAUUUUAACGGCUACACAAUGGUGGAAGAUUUUUGGGGAGAUCGAGUGCUUAGCUCUCAUGAUCGCCUGCCUUUGUCACGACCUCGACCACAGGGGGACGAACAAUUCUUUCCAAAUAAAAGCUUCUUCCCCCCUGGCCCAACUCUAUUCUACCUCAACAAUGGAGCACCAUCAUUUUGAUCAAUGCCUCAUGAUCCUCAGCAGCGAAGGGAAUCAAAUCCUCGCGAAUCUGUCUCCGGAGGAGUACUCCCGAGUUGUUAAAGUCCUCGAAGAGGCUAUUCUAGCAACAGACUUGGCUGUUUACUUCAGCAAACGUGGUGCAUUUCUCAGUAUUGCACGUUCACGUACAUAUAACUGGGGGUAUGGUGAGCAUCGGGAAUUGCUGCGUGGUAUGCUGAUGACAGUUUGUGAUUUAGCAGCCAUUACAAAACCGUGGGAAAUUGAGAAGCGGGUGGCGGAUCUAGUCAGCAGUGAAUUUUUCGAGCAGGGAGACAUUGAGAGACGCACUCUCAAUAUAACACCUAUAGACAUCAUGAAUAGAGAAAAGGAGGACCAAUUGCCUAUGAUGCAAGUCGGUUUCAUAGAUUCCAUAUGUCUUCCCAUUUACGAGGCUUUUGCAUUAUUGUCGGACAAGCUGGAGCCACUAGUCGCAGGUGUGAUAGUGAAUAAACAGAAAUGGCUGGAGAUUGCUGAGGGCAAGCCUACAACUGAAAAUUGUACGAAUCACGACAGGACGCUUCCGUCAAAUCGGGAGACUGAGAAUGAGGAGAUCAGUCCGGAUACCACCAUUGCCGAGUGAUGCAAUCAUUCAUUGUAUUCGUUUUUUUUUUCAUACCAAUGAGGAAAAAACACAUUGAAAUGGUUUUAAUAUCAGUUAAAAUUUCACUUAAACCGGAUGGGCAGAAAAUCAUCUUCAAAUGAACAUAGAAGCGCUGUCAUUUUUUUUAUUUGAUGAAAAGGGAAUGUUAAUGAAGAACAACCGUGAAUAAUAGAGAAACGCUACUGCAGUACCUGAUCGCAUUUGAAACAGUUUGGUGACGCUCAGAAUGCACAUCGGAAGCAGAACAAGAAAAUAGAUAACAUGGCUGAACCACAAAGCCCCGUAGCAUGUGCCACGAUGAUAACGCACAUCCGUUCUCCUCUCACACAUUACCAUCGGACAUUUGUAAAAAGGUGAAAACAAAACAUAUUUAUUGACAUUAUUGAGAACAUAACGAAGCCAACAGUAACUAACUACGCGCCCAUACGUGCCAAAGACGAGUUUACCCAGUGGUGUUUUAUUUCCUACUUUUUAUUCCUCAAUGGUUUUUCGAUACGUUUCAUCGUUUUUUUUAUACCAAAGUAUCAACUUUCUUCCUCAGUCCAGUGAAAUCGGAGCCACUUUGCUUUUAAUUGUUUCAUUUAUUUUGCGAGAAAACCAUCUAGUGACACUUACGAUUACUCUGUACUUUCGAUUAAACGAUUGAGUUUAAUUUUUGAAGAAAAAGUUGAGUAAUUCAAUGGAAAUUAAGAAAUACCAUGUAGUGAACAGUUAUGAGAGAAUUAUUGAAUGAAUUUAUCAAACAAGUCGUUUAUGGGUGGGGGCUUUAAUGUGUCAAUUAACGCAACUGUCACAAGCACAUGAAACCCAAACGACAAUGACCACGUUUAUCGAAUAAAGACUGAUUGGCGAUGAGGCACGCGGUGUGACAGCCCAACCGUGUUAAUAUCGAUUUGGUUUCCAACCGCUGAACCAUAUCUCUUUCCUCAUCCUCUUACCAUCUUCACACGUAUAUGUAGUUAUAUCUCGCAAAUAUUCCGUCAAUCAAAUUUGAUGAGGCGAAUCUCUGGGACCCAAUUUUUUAGACUAAAUUGAUUUUUGUCGGAUAACAUUGAUAGUCUCAAAUACAAAAAUCGACUGUGACUAUUCUUCCAAUUCCAAAGCGAAAGGAGUGUUUUGAGAGUGCGAAAAAGUAAUCUAAAUAUCAUGUAUCCCUCGUAAUGGCGAUCGAAGGAGUAUUAAACGGAGCUUCGAGCUGACAAUUCUACCUUUAGAAUUUAAGUCAUGGAAUGAGCAUGUUAUGAAAUGGAAGCUAAGUUAUUUAUACUGAUUUAGUCUUAAUUUUUAAAAUUAUUCACUGGCGUUAAGCACAAGAGAAAUAUGUAUAUUGUAUAUGAAACGACGAUAUCUAAUAUAUUUGAAAGACCAGCAAGUAACAA